AUGAAGCGUAGGAAAGUCAGCAAUGAAACAAGCCCAAAGCGUGAAAACAUCAGCGAGCUGGAAAGUGACCCUAGUGAUUGGGAAGAUGUACCUUUAAUAAGUACGGCAGCUGAUUUAAAUUCCUUCGAUAUCUCAAUAAACUCAGAAGCUGAUCUGAAUGUGGAAGCCGCUAAAAGAGUUCGGCAUGAAGAAAUUCUAUUAGGAAAGCAAAGGAGAUUAACUAUGCACUAUUUGGGGAUGAUUGCUUAUUUGGGACAUUGUUCGAUCCGUAAUAAGUGGUUGAAUGAUAUAAAAACUCUAAAAAGACUAAAGAAAAUGAUACCUGAUGCGUUACAGCAGCAUGUCAAGAAAUUCAAUAAGAACUUAAAAGCUUAUAGGGGAAACGCAACUGUUGAUAAAAUUGAGUUGGACAAACAUUUAAUAUACAUAGUAAAAUAUGCUAUAAAAUGGUUUCGCUUCAACUAUAAACUAAAUUCUAAUGGCAUCCGUGUUUUAGGUUAUUUGCCUUCAUCGAACAUGCGGUGGCAAGAAUAUUUCCCUGAAAACAUAGACCCUAUUGAAGAUUAUCAGAGCUUUUUGUCUGUCCUAAAGGAUUUUAAACACAAUAGAGACACGGGAGCCCAAUUUUUUACGGCUUUGUUGGCAGCUUUGGGAUUUGAAUGUCGACUCGUCUUUUCAUUGCCUUUGCUUCCAUUGAGGAACGGUAAAUUACAACCAAAGCUAGAUCAUGAUAAAUUACUCAGAGUCAAAGAUAACGAUCUCCUCUAUCCAUACUUCUGGACAGAAGUAGUAAACCCCAUCGAUAGCAGUGAAUUAUUAAUUUUAGAUGCCGUAUGCUUUCACAAGGAAGAUGACAGGUUAUUGCGAUUGAAAAGAUUUGGGGCGCCUAAAAAUCAAUCAGAAUUACACAGAUUUUACACAAGCUUGUAUUUCCCUAAAGUGAAUAAUUUAAAUCAAAUCACAAUGCAUCACGUUGUUGCAUUUGAGAAGAAUAAUUCAGUUAUCGAUGUAAGCUCUAGAUAUAUGAUGGAUAUCUCGUAUCGAAAGUUCGGAAAGUUGGACUUGAGGACAAUCGCGGGAAGAUGUGAACUAUUAUUCGAAUCUCUUCUUCAUAUGCUAAAUAGGCGCCAUGAUAUAUCAAAAAGUGUUAAGGAGCAAAACUGUUUGACAGAAGUUGCUUUGCUAAAUUGCGAAAUUCCAAUGAGCUUAAGCUCUUUGAAAAGAAGUCCUAAUUUUGUUGCGAUAUCUAGCUUGAGAUUCAAUGAGGUUAUCCCAUUAAAUCAAAAAUCGAUAGGGUCUGUGAAGUUAUAUCUGAGAACUGAACCUAUUUUUUUAAAAAAUUGUGUCAUUGUUGGGAAAUCGGAAGAACAGUGGAAAUUUUUGGGUAGAUCAGUCAAGCUUAAUGAGAAAGACAGACCUAUAAAAAUAACCAGAGUCUCGAAUCCAAAGUCAUUAUAUAGGAAGAGGCGUUUUAACCAGCAUAUAUUAUCCGGAAAUUCUGAUCUAAACUGCGUUAAGUUAUAUGCUUUUCAUCAGACAUGUCCUUUUAUUCGUGAAAGCAUAACCUAUAACCGCUUACCAAAGAACCAGUUUGGGAAUAUUGAAAUAUUUCGUAAUUGUAUGAUACCGGAUGGUUCCUCUUGGGUUGUGCUUCCCGAGAUAGAAAUACUUUUACGAAGUUUUAAAUCUAAGAAUAUCUCUAUCCCAAUUGAAGCUGACUUAGAUUAUAUACCUGUCGUAGUUGGUUUUAAUUUCAGCGCAAAUGGCUCCAUAACACCUGUUAAAAAAGGAGUCUUAGUUUUAAAGCUGGACGAGAUUUUGGCGAAAAAAAUAUGGUUUUAUUGUACUAUUGCUAUGCGAAAGAUAAAGAUUCAAGAGAGAAAAAAAAUGGCACUCUACUCAUGGAGUUCAUUACUACGAAGAAUCAGAAUAAAACAUAGACUUGACGAAUCGUACGGUUUCAGUUAA